UCUUACUCGUAACAACGGAAAAUAGAGUUCGUUAGCAGUUGAAUCUCUCUCUCCUUUCUCUUCUCCUUCCUUCUCCCGUCGUCUUCUUCGUCGACGUCGUCGCCGCCGGCGGUGGCUGUUCCGCCAUACAACUUUCAAUAAUACAAUGGCUUACCGGAGGAGGCAGGGAAUCUCCAGAAAUUCCACCUUCAAAGAAGAAUUUCAUCCUUCCCCUAACGAUCCCGUUGCCAAUUCUUCUCCUCUCUUGACUCCUUCUUAUUCUUUUUCUCCCUCUUCCUCUUCCCCUUCCUCUCUUGCAGCUCAGGCCAUCAAAGCCUCCGCCUCUCGCCGCGAUCCCGCUCUUUCCUUCGCGUACUCCGACUCCGCUUUUGCCUCCGAUCAUAUCAGAUCCAAGGGCUAUGAUGCAAAUGAUGAUGCCUCAGGCAGGGGCGACUCCAAGUCAGGAUUCUGGGGAACGCUUGCGCAGAAAGCCAAAUCUAUUCUUGAUGAAGAUAAUUUAACCUCACAAAAUGAAAUGCGCGACAGACUUAGAUCGCAGUCAUUUCAUACCUCUAAUGGUGGCCAGUUCAACCUCAAACAAUCAUAUCAUUCACCCGAGGGUCUUCUGAAAAUGGAUAAUCCUAGACUACGGAAGGGCUUGGAUGCUAUUACCACUUCCCUCAAUCACCUAGGAGACACCUUUGAGAAAGCUUUUGAGGAAGGUCGGACGAUUGUGGAAACCAAGACUGCAGACCUGAGGACUCAAAUAAGGCGAAAAGGGGGCAACCCUGGGGACCCAAAUCAAGCUUCGGAUGUGAUCAGCAGCGCAUUGAAGCAACCACCCCCAACAGAGAAUCUAACAGACCAUGAAACACAACUCAAGGCAUCCCGCGACGUGGCGAUGGCAACAGCGGCCAAGGCAAAAUUACUUCUUCGUGAGCUAAAAACUGUUAAAGCAGAUUUAGCAUUUGCCAAAGCACGUUGUGCUCAACUUGAAGAAGAAAAUAAGUUACUCCGGGACAGGGAGGGUCGUGAAAAGGGACACGACCGCGCAGAUGAUGAGCUGAUACGGGAACAACUUGAGACACUUCUGGCUGAGAAGGCUCGUUUGGCCAAUGAGAACGAGACAUAUGCCCGAGAAAACCGAUUCCUUAGGGAAAUAGUGGAAUACCACCAGCUGACAAUGCAGGAUGUGGUGUACGUAGAUGAAGGCAUGGAAGAAGUGACUGAAGUUUUCCCAAUCAACAGCGAUGGAAUCCAUCGAGUGUUGUCCCUCUCAUCACUCUCCUCAAUGGCAGAGGCAAGUGCACCAGCCACGAAGGAAAUAGUACCUGUGCAUCCAGAGAAAAUGAACACGUCAGGGGCUGACACUGAGGCUCCUCCUAGGCAUCUCAGUAUCUGAAUUUGACAUGGCCCACCUAAUUGAUUCCCUUUAUAACUUAGACGUGGUUGGUUGUGGAAGAUAUGUGAUGGAGGGUGUUUUGGGAGAGUGCUUGAGAUUACAUAUUUGUUAUUCUUUUUUGUAUGUAUCUUUUCCCUCCAUGAGGGUUGGGUCGAUUUUGUCGAUAUCUUUGUUUUGUAUUUUUUAUUUUUUGCCCAAAGCUUGUCUGCUCAGCUGAUGCGUGUCACAGAAAGUUUUUGGAAUUUGAAUCACUCAUGUAAGAUAAACUUCCAUUAAGAGAGUGAAGUUGAAGCUUGUAUUUCAUCUCUCGAA